GUCCGCCGGCCCCCGCGGCCCCCGCAGCCAUGUGGGUCCCCACGGAGCGAGAGAAGUUCGGCGUGGUCAUUGCUGGUUUUCGAGGAACGGUUCCCUAUGGCCUCUCAUUAGAGAUUGGUGACACGGUGCAGAUCCUGGAGAAGUGUGAUGGCUGGUACAGAGGAUUUGCCUUAAAAAACCCAAGCAUCAAGGGUAUAUUUCCUUCCAGCUUCAUUCACUUGAAGAACGCCUCUGUUAAGGAUAAAGGGCAGUUUGAAAUGGUGAUUCCCACAGAGGACUCUGUAAUCACGGAAAUGACAUCCACUCUGAGAGACUGGGGGACCAUGUGGAAGCAGCUCUAUGUGAGGAAUGAGGGGGACCUGUUCCACCGCCUGUGGCACAUAAUGAACGAAAUCUUGGACUUGAGACGCCAGGUCCUCGUGGGCCACCUCACCCACGACCGGAUGAAGGAUGUGAAACGGCACAUCACUGCGCGCCUGGACUGGGGCAACGAGCAACUGGGCCUGGACUUAGUUCCUAGGAAGGAGUACGCCAUGGUGGACCCUGAGGAGAUCAGCAUCACUGAGCUUUACAGACUGAUGGAGCAUCGGCAUCGGAAGAAGGACACCAUGGUCCCUGCCAGCAGUCACCACCUGUUCAUCCAAAUGAAGAGUCUAAUGUGUUCCAACCUCGGGGAGGAGCUAGAAGUGAUUUUCUCCCUCUUUGACAGCAAGGAAAACCGACCUAUCAGCCCCGGGGGCAGCAUCCUGGUUGAUGCCAAUGAGGUGUCUUCCUGGGGUCCUCUUCCUGGGGUCCUGCCUCUGAACUGUGCAAGUGUGCUGAGGACCCUUCUAGACACCCGCCUCCGGGUCAAAGCGGCAAUCCCCGAAUUUAAUGCUUUAUUCCCACAGCCCAGGAAGAGGCAGGCCAGGAAAGGAAUGGCUGGGGACUUCCAAGCCAGAGCGAGAGGUUUUUUUUUGCGCCUGAACAGGAACGGGUUGCCCAAAGCUCCAGAAAAGCCUGAACGCCACUGUUCCCUCUUUGUGGACUUGGGCAGCAGCGAGCUCAGGAAGGACAUCUACAUCACAGUGCACAUUAUCCGGAUAGGCCGCAUGGGGGCUGGGGAGAAGAAGAAUUCCUGCAACGUCCAGUACCGUCGGCCCUUUGGCUGUGCUGUGCUCAGCAUCGCGGACUUGCUGGCUGGAGACACCAAAGAUGACCUCGUCCUCAAAGUGUACAUGUGCAACACUGAAAGCGAGUGGUAUCAAAUCCAUGAAAACAUUAUCAAAAAGCUGAAUGCCCGCUACAACCUGACAGGCUCCAACGCUGGGUUGGCCGUCUCCCUGCAGCUGCUGCAUGGGGACAUUGACCAGAUUCGGCGGGAAUGCACAUCAGUGUUCACGCAUGGGGUGUCCAUCACCAGGAAGCUGGGCUUCUCCAACAUCAUCAUGCCUGGUGAAAUGCGAAACGAUUUAUACAUCACCAUCGAGAAGGGCGAGUUUGAGAAAGGAGGGAAGAGCGUGGCUCGGAAUGUGGAAGUGACCAUGUUCAUCGUGGACAGCAGUGGCCAGAAUCUAAAGGAUUUCAUCUCCUUCGGCUCUGGAGAGCCUCCGGCCAGCGAGUUCCACUCCUUCGUGCUGUACCACAACAACAGUCCCCGCUGGGCCGAGCUGCUGAAGCUGCCCAUUCCUGUGGAUAAAUUCAGGGGCGCCCACGUCCGCUUUGAAUUCCGCCACUGUUCAACAAAAGAGAAGGGUGAGAAGAAGUUGUUUGGAUUCUCCUUUGUGCCCCUGAUGCAGGAAGAUGGGCGGACCCUGCCUGAUGGCACCCAUGAGCUCAUCGUACACAAGUGUGAAGAGAACACGAAUCUCCAGGACUUUAGCCGCUACCUCAAACUCCCCUUUUCCAAGGGCGGCCUCCUCGGCAGCAACAUCCUAGCAGGGAAAACCACUAAAGAAUCGUUCUGGAUAACAUCUUUCCUCUGUUCCACAAAGCUCACCCAAAACGGGGAUAUGCUUGACCUCCUGAAGUGGCGAGCCCACCCAGACAAGAUAACAGACUGCCUCUCCAAGCUGAAAGAUAUCGAUGGGUCGGAGAUAGUGAAGUUUCUCCAAGACACGUUGGAUACUUUAUUUGGAAUUUUAGAUGAAAAUUCUCAAAAAUAUGGGUCAAAGGUAUUUGAUUCCUUGGUCCAUAUAAUCAAUCUACUGCAAGACAGCAAAUUCCAUCAUUUCAAGCCUGUAAUGGACACCUACAUUGAGAGCCACUUUGCUGGAGCACUCGCCUACAGGGACCUUAUCAAAGUGCUGAAGUGGUAUGUGGAUCGGAUCACUGAAGCAGAGCGCCAGGAGCACAUCCAGGAGGUGCUCAAGGCCCAAGAAUACAUUUUUAAGUACAUAGUUCAGUCUCGGAGGCUGUUUUCCCUCGCCACCGGCGGCCAGAACGAAGAGGAAUUCCGCUGCUGCAUCCAAGAGCUCCUCAUGUCAGUCCGAUUCUUCCUCUCCCAUGAAAGCAAAGGGUCAGGAGCCUUAUCUCAGUCACAGGCCGUUUUCCUGAGUUCCUUCCCAGCAGUGUACUCGGAGCUGUUGAAGCUCUUUGAUGUGCGCGAGGUAGCGAAUCUGGUGCAUGACACGCUGGGCAGCCUGCCAACCAUCAUGCAUGUUGAUGAUUCUCUCCAGGCAGUGAAGCUUCAGUGCAUUGGGAAAACAGUGGAAAGCCAGCUUUACACUAACCCAGACUCCCGCUCCAUCCUGCUGCCAGUAGUCUUGCACCAUCUUCACAUGCAUUUGCAGGAGCAGAAAGAUCUGGUCAUCUGCGCCCGGAUUCUGAGUAACAUCUUCUGCCUCAUCAAGAAGAACAGUUCGGAAAAAUCUGUCUUGGAGGAAAUCGAUGUGAUUGUGCACAGUCUGCUAGAUAUCCUACUGAGAACCAUCCUGGAGAUCACCAGCCGGCCUCAGCCCGUGGGAACUGCCAUGCGGCUCCAGUUUCAGGAUGUCACUGGCGAGUUUGUCGCGUGCCUCUUGUCUCUCUUACGGCAGAUGACAGACCGACAUUAUCAACAGCUUCUCGAUGGCUUCAACACCAAGGAGGAGCUGAGAGAUUUCCUCCUGCAGAUUUUCACUGUGUUUCGAAUCCUGAUUCGGCCUGAGAUGUUUCCGAAGGACUGGACUGUCAUGCGCUUGGUGGCUAACAAUGUCAUCAUUACAACAGUGCUGUACCUCUCGGAUGCCCUACGGAAGAACUUCUUAAAUGAAAACUUUGAUUACAAGAUCUGGGAUUCCUACUUUUACCUCGCAGUCAUUUUCAUCAACCAGCUGUGCCUGCAGUUGGAGAUGGUCACACCUUCCAAAAAGAAGAAGGUGUUGGAAAAGUAUGGCGAUAUGCGGGUGACCAUGGGCUGUGAGAUCUUCAGCAUGUGGCAGAACCUGGGGGAGCACAAACUCCACUUCAUCCCUGCGCUCAUCGGCCCCUUCCUAGAAGUGACUCUGAUCCCUCAACCGGACCUGCGCAGUGUCAUGAUUCCCAUCUUCCAUGACAUGAUGGACUGGGAGCAGCGGCGCAGUGGCAGCUUCAAGCAAGUGGAGGCCAAACUGAUCGACAAAUUGGACAGUUUGAUGUCUGAAGGAAAAGGGGACGAGACAUACCGGGAGCUCUUCAACAGCAUAAUCCCACUAUUUGGUCCAUAUCCUAGCCUCCUAAAGAAAAUUGAGCGGGAAACAUGGAGAGAGAGUGGUGUUUCAUUAAUUGCCACUGUAACACGCCUGAUGGAGAGGCUCCUGGACUACAGGGACUGCAUGAAGAUAGGGGAAGUGGAUGGCAAAAAAAUCGGCUGCACUGUGAGCCUCCUGAACUUUUAUAAGACUGAACUGAACAAGGAGGAGAUGUACAUUCGCUACAUCCACAAACUCUACGAUUUGCACCUGAAAGCCCAGAACUUCACAGAGGCGGCCUACACACUCUUGCUGUAUGAUGAGCUGCUGGAGUGGUCUGACCGGCCGCUAAGGGAGUUCCUGACCUACCCCAUGCAAACCGAGUGGCAGCGCAAGGAAUACCUCCACCUCACCGUCAUCCAGAACUUUGACAGAGGCAAAUGUUGGGAGAAUGGAAUUAUCCUGUGCAGGAAGAUCGCCGAGCAAUAUGAAAGCUAUUACGACUACCGGAAUCUCAGCAAGAUGAGGAUGAUGGAAGCCUCUUUGUACGACAAAAUUAUGGACCAGCAGCGUCUGGAGCCGGAGUUCUUUAGAGUUGGAUUUUAUGGGAAAAAAUUUCCAUUUUUCCUGAGAAACAAGGAGUUCGUGUGCCGCGGGCAUGACUACGAGCGUCUGGAGGCCUUCCAGCAGCGCAUGCUGACCGAGUUCCCGCACGCCAUCGCCAUGCAGCACGUCAACCAACCCGACGAGACCAUCUUCCAGGCCGAGGCGCAGUAUCUGCAGAUCUACGCGGUCACUCCCAUCCCCGAGAGCCAGGAGGUCCUGCAGAGAGAGGGCGUCCCAGACAACAUCAAGAGUUUCUACAAAGUGAACCACAUCUGGAGAUUCCGCUAUGACCGGCCGUUCCACAAGGGGACCAAGGACAAGGAGAACGAAUUCAAGAGCCUGUGGGUAGAGAGGACUUCCCUGAUCCUGGUGCAGAGUUUGCCUGGCAUUUCCCGCUGGUUCGAGGUGGAGAAGCGUGAAGUGGUGGAAAUGAGCCCACUGGAGAAUGCCAUUGAGGUGCUGGAAAACAAGAACCAGCAGCUGAAGACCCUUAUUAGUCAGUGCCAGACACGGCAGAUGCAGAAUAUUAAUCCACUCACCAUGUGUCUGAACGGAGUUGUAGAUGCUGCCGUCAAUGGGGGAGUAUCCAGGUACCAGGAGGCGUUCUUCGUGAAGGAGUACAUGCUGAACCACCCAGAGGAUGGAGAGAAGAUCACGCGGUUGAGGGAGCUCAUGCUGGAGCAGGCGCAGAUCCUGGAGUUUGGCUUGGCCGUGCACGAGAAGGUUGUGCCGCAGGAUAUGAGGCCUCUGCACAAAAAACUAGUUGACCAGUUCUUCGUGAUGAAGUCCAGCUUGGGCAUCCAGGCACAGGAGUUCACCGCCUGCAUCCAAGCCAGCCCGGUGCACUUCCCCAACGGGAGCCCGCGAGGCUGUCGGAACUCCGCGCCUGCAUCCAUGAGCCCGGACGGUGCCCGCGGGAUCCCUCGGCGCAGCCCAUUAAGUUACCCGGCGGUCAAUAGAUACUCAUCGUCCUCCCUGUCAUCGCAAGCCUCUGCCGAAGUCAGUAACCUCACGGGCCAGUCUGAGAGCUCUGAUGAAGUCUUCAACAUGCAGCCCAGCCCUUCUACCUCAAGCUUGAGCUCGACUCAUUCUGCUUCUCCCAACGUGACCAGCUCGGCCCCUUCCAGCGCCAGAGCCUCACCCCUCCUCUCCGACAAGCACAAACAUUCCCGGGAGAACGCAUGCCUGUCCCCCCGAGAGAGGCCGUGCAGCGCCGUCUAUCCUACCCCUGCAGAGCCCUGCCAGAGGAUGCUGUUUAAUCACAUUGGAGAUGGAGUUCUGCCUCGGAGUGACCCGAGUCUCUCGGGCCCUGAGAAAGCCGUGAACCCCAUCCCCAGCAGCUGGAGCCUGGACACUGGGAAAGAAGCCAAGAACAUGUCAGACGGAGGGAAAUACAUCUCUCCCCCGGUCCCGCCGAGGCCCACCCAGACCGCUUCUCCAGCAAGACAUGUGGCCGCCGUGUCCCCAUCUCCCGCUGGGCGGUCUCCAAUGAAGGGCUCCGGACCACCAUUCACCCCGUCUCCGGUGGACUAUCACUCCUCAGGACUGAUCUCCAACUCCCCCGCCCUGUCGGGGAGCUACAGCAGCGGCAUCUCCUCCCUCAGUCGCUGUAGCACAUCCGAAACCUCAGGCUUCGAAAAUCCGGGAAGCGAGCCCGCGGUUGUGGCGGGGAGCUACGGUGUACCCGAGGAGCCGGUGCGGAAGGAGAGCAAGACCCCACCCCCGUAUAGCGUCUACGAGCGGACCCUGCGGCGCCCUGUCCCGCUACCUCACAGCCUCUCCAUCCCCAUCCCCGCCGAGCCACCGGCCUUGCCCCCCAAGCCCCUGCUGGUGCGCGCCGGCAACCUGGACAACGGCAGUCGGAGGACAGAGCCGGCCCCGCGCCCCAGGCCGCUCCCACGGAAGGUCUCUCAGCUCUAGGCCACCUCUUGGGGGCCCGUGGCGGCCUGGGCCGAGGCCCGGGAAGGCAGGAUGCGGGCGGGAUCUAGGCCGAGGCCCCGGAAGGCGGGAUGCGGGCGGGUUCUGGGUCAAAGGCCCCGGCAGGAAGGAGGCGGGCGGGAUCGGGCCCGAGGCCCCCCGGAGGGAAGGAAGCAGGCAGGGACCCGGGCUGAGACUCAGGAAGAAAAGCCGUGGGAGCGUUCUGGACUGAGGCCCCGGAGGAAAGGAUGUGGGUGGGAGCCUGGGCCGAGGCCCGGAAGGAGGGUUCUGGGCCGAGGCACCGGAAGGAUGGACAUUGGCAGAGGCGGCGGGUGUUGGCACUUUACUCCUUUUCUGAUUCUCUUUUAGUGAAUGACGUAAAACUUGCUUAGCCCUAGUUAGUUGCACAGUGUCCCAUUCAGUGACUGUUCUAGGACGCCAGAGCACUGAGAGAGAGAGAGAGAGCUUCAAAAGAACAGACUCUUGAAGUUCAAAGUGGUAAAUCGUGACACAGACCUUUUUGUACCUUUUUACGUUCCCUUUUUUUUAACCUAGUUUACUCUUCAAACUCACACAGAACUGUCCUUUAGGUUCCCGUGGUGUCGUUUGUACUGCAAACUUGAUACUUCAAAAACGCUUCCUUUCAAAACCAGCGCAUACUCUAACCUGCAUAUUCUUCACCCAGGAGAUCCCGGGAAUCGGGUCAGGGACAGCCAGCGUUUACUGAUGCCGGCCGGCCGAGCUCCCGUCCACCCACGAGCGUCUUCCGUGGACGAGGCUCGGUUUGAAAAGUCAAAGAUUGCCGGGAGUUGACGGGGCGGGGGGGCAGCCUGUUGGCCACGGCCUCGGAGGAAGCAACACUGGCAGAUCAGCUCCUUGGGGCUCCAUCGGAGUUUGCAGAUGGAGCCGGUGACAUUUCUAUUUCUUUAAAGGUGCCAUUUACCUUCGGUAUCUCUGCGGCUAGCCCCGACAUGGUUCCUCCUUGGCCGACGCCGUUGGAGUUGUUCUUCCAAACCUGAAACCUUCUUCCAUAAAAUUCGUCACUGAGGAUGAACAGACGUUCAAGCAUUAAAUAGGCACAAAUGAAUGUUUCCCAUUAACGAAGCCCCCGGAAUCGAUACUAGCCAGUAUUAAAUCAAUACGGCAAAUAGAAGGGGAGCGUACCCUUCAAGGAUAUCUAUUAGCCUGAUGAAACGGCAUCGGGACUUGGAAAAGACAAGGGCAUUAAUUCAGUUCUGCACAAAAUAGAAAAAUCCCAAACCGCUCUUCAUCUCCUUUCCCCCUUUCCGCCAUCUCCCCCUCCCACCCUCCCACCAC